AUGAUCCAGCUUUCCACAAUAAUCAAAACAGUCAAUACAAUAAGUUAUCGUACACCUAAGAAUCACCAUAACCCUACCUUCUCUUUAUAUGUCUCUCCGCUGUCUCCGUCUCAGAACAAGUACGACGUAGAUAAACACAAGGACAAGGACCCCAGCGUUGUUUCUGGUGGGGAUGAUGCUUUUGCUCGUUUAUACGGCGUCGUUGAGGCCGACACCGAUGCUGCCUUCCAGGGUGGGGAACCUUUUGCUGUGAAGAAAAUUGAAAGGGAAAGGAGAAGAAGAAAAAAAUCAGAUGCGGCUGCCAACGAGAAGAACAGGGGUACGGUGGUGGCUUUGAAUGCAGAGAUUAGGCUAACCAAAGCUCGUUUGCUUGGGGAGCUCCCUAAAUUGCAGAGACUUGCUCUUAAAAAGGUUAAAACUAUUUCUAGGUCAAAGGGCUGUCAAGAGCUUGAGGCUAGAAAUGAUUUAGUUUCUGCACCGAAGGAGAGGAUUGAAGCUAUACCUGAUGGAUCUAAUACUAGUGUAGCUAAACAAACUGGUGGUUGGACAGCUUCUGCCUCAUAUGCUGGAAUCAAAAUUGACUCAACUUCAGAUGGAAGAUCUGAUAAUGAGUACUUUCAACAAACCGAAGAAUCGGAUCGGUUUAAGCAGGAGUAUGAAAUGCGGAGAAUGAAGCAGGAUCAAGGAUUGGAUGUUAUAGCUGAAGGAUUGGACACAUUGAAAAACAUGGCACACGACAUGAAUGAGGUCAACAGAGCAACCACUGACCUUAAAGGUGCUAAUGUGAGACUCAAGGAGACUGUAACCCAGCUGAGGUCCAGCCGUAACUUUUGCAUUGAUAUCAUCCUCCUAUCUAUAAUUUUAGGAAUUGCUGCCUAUUUAUACAAUGUCUUAAAGUGACAUUGGUGCUCUUGCAACUACCACCACGGCUCCUCUACUUACUGAUAUAUGGACUCCUUUGACUCGAGGAAUUGUGUGUAUAUGCAUGCAAUGGUGGUUUUUUGGCGUAAUAUUGAUGUGCGUAUGCGUGCUUCCUAUUGUAUAAUGUUAGUGCAAGCGUGUUGGCAUCUGUGUUUCUUGUCUGAUAUUAGUAUAUGCAUGAUUCUCUCUC